AUGGUAAACAAUCGGCGUCGCCUAUGGACACCUGGAACAUCAGAGGCGUUACAAGUGCGUUACUGGCCUUUUGGGGAUUAGGAGUUUGAGGAUUAUUGGGGAUUCAGGGAUUGGGGAGAUUGGGGAAGGAAAGGUGGGGUAAUAGGGCCUCCGCUAACGUCACUUCACGACGAUGAAACACAACGCAAGUGUUACUUCUAGUCGGUUUUCUGUGAGGCCGUAGUAUCACUCCGGUCGAGCUGGCCGGUUGGUGCCGAAGCAUGGCUAUAAGCAUGGAAUGUUGGUACAUUUAUA